AUGUCUUCUCCACGCAGCCACCCACAACACUCCCGCAGCAUGAGCAACAAUAGAUUUGCGGGAAUGAUCCCUCCUCUCAUGCUUGUCAACCCAUCAGACCUACAGAUGAAUGGAGUCCGCGUUGACGGGUCUCUUUUGUCAAGCAAGACUUUCAUUGACUCCAUGACCGCCUCGUUUAACCAGCACGAAACUAUGUCUCCAUCUACUCCGGAAUUUAUCGACUCUCCAUCGUCUACUGUCAGCGCUGAUUCUUUCAUGCCUCCAACCCCACAGCAAAUGCACCACGGCAGAUUUCUCUGCCCUGAGCCAAACUGCUCCUACAGUAUCAUCGGGUUAAACUCUGGUGCUGAACUUGAGCAGCAUGUCGCCUCUGGCAGCCAUGUUAAUCACCCUGUUGAAUUCGAUCUCGAACUCAACAACGAAGACCAAUCCGGAUAUUCAGCCCCGAUGUGGGGAAGCAAAAAUGGGGACUACUUCGCCCUACCUACACAGCCAAAAGGAAAGGGAAUUGAAGGACACUGCGCAUGCCGAUACUGCAAUCCCCAUGUUGCAGCUGUUGAACCUGAAAUUCAACAGCAACAGUCCCUCGAACUCCCUCCUCCAGUUGGUGGCAAUGGAUUUGACCACCGAACAUGGCAACAGAAUAUGAAAUUGGAAAAGGCAAUGCAGGCCGUCCUACAGCAGCAUCAGCGAAUGCGAGAGGCAGAGGUCAUCCAGCAAAGCAUUUCUUUUGCGAAUACCGUGCAGCCAUUCGGAAAUUUCUAUGGCGCACCUCAAAUGCCAGUUUAUCCUGUCUACAACAACGCUUUUGCUUACUAA